ACUCUCAGCUGCUCGAAGUCACCACGAGUCAGAAUCGCGCUGCUCAGCUCGGUUCUGUUUCCAUUCCGCUUUGAAUCUCGUCGCCAGCCGGCUCAGCUAGAGUCUUAUCAAUGAAUUAACUUACCACUGCUCACUCUGCCCGAAAUAAGUACAGAAUCGAACAAAGAGCUGGGAAAUGGAGAACAAGCAUAAGAAGCGCCUGCAAUCCCUGCUUCUGCUGGCACUCGUUUUGGGAUUUUUGGAGAAUGGAAGAACGGCCCUAAUAGCUCCGAACAGUCAGCAAAUUUUCAAGCUGCAGAACCAUGUGAUACUCCAGGAACUGGGUCGGGAUUCAAGGGGCGAGGAGACGGGGUAUACAUUUGAGACCGAUCUCAAGAUUAACUCAGUUUGGAGUGGAGAUGAAGACCAGUUACUGGAGGUUUUUAUCGGCGGUAGCAAGGUCGAGGCCUCUGGAAAAGCACGUUCAAUUACCCAGAUACCCGAUAGACCUUUUUAUAUCAGUCUGGUGAAGGGACAGCCUGAAAAGGUCAUAGCCCAUACUUCUAAAGAUCAAUCCCUGCUGAAUUUGGAGCGCGGAAUUGCUUCUCUGCUGCAGCUGAGAUUGGAUGCAUCCCAGGACGAGGAACUGGAUGUUUCUGGCUUGUGUCGCGUGUCCUAUGAUGUCAAAUCUUCCACGAAGGUGCAGAAAACCAAAAGAGACUGCUCCCUGUGGGAUCUUAGGGUCAACUAUCACCCAGAAGAAGCUCUGGGCGUGACUCAGCAAGCCCAGGAGACGGUCUUCUACGACCUUUCUUCAGAGGGCACACUCUUGAGGGCUGAGUCCCAGGAGAACCACCGCCUCAAUCUAGCAGCCAAACCGGAUGUGGGUAGCUCCGUGAAGAGCACGUUGGUACUGCAACACAUCUCGCAAGGAUCGGAGGAAGUCAAGCAACUGGAACUAGACAGCUUGGAUAAGACCAUCCAGAGCCUUCUGGAAUGGUAUCGCGUUUUCGAGCUAGAAUCCGAUGUGGAUGGCAUGAUCAGUGAGAUCAAGGAGCAAACGCUGGAGGAGCAAUUAAAACAGUCUCUAACGGAAUUGCAAUCCGGUGAUGUGGGCAAAUCCUCGCUGGCUCUUGCUUACGUGAAACUAAUUCCUCUGGCUCGCAUCUCGAGGCAAGAACAAUUUGAAGAUCUACUUAAAGAUAACUCAGAAGUUCUGCCGCAGUUGGUGGAUCUUUUGGGUGCUGUUCAGACCUUUGAUGCUCACAAUGCCACAUUUGGGUUCCUUUACAAAGAGUCGGAAACCACAAGCGAGCAAUUAGACCUGCUAGAGAAAUACCUGCAGUCCCUGGCGGUCGCCACCCAUCCGGAUAGGAAAAUAGUUGAGCACUUGUACGGAUUGCUAGGACAGGAAUCUACCGAAAAGCAUUCAAAGCUGAGGGAAAGCGUCAUCCAAACGCUGGCCACCUUGACCCGCCAAAGCGGUCUAGAUGUUGAAGAUCCUUUGCUGAAGGAAGUGCGUUCUUAUCUCCUGCAAGGUCUCACCUCCAAGGAGCCCACUUUGUACAUUAGGGCGCUGCAAAAUCUCCAGGAUCCCGCUACAAUUGAAGCUCUGCUGAAGCACAGUCAAACUGGCGAGGCCCCCAAUUUGUCGGUGGCCGCCUUGCAGGCUCUAAAGGCAUUUCCCCUAGGUAGCUUUAACUCUUCGCAUCGCUUGCAGUUCGAGAGCAUAUUCUACCAGCGAAAGCGGCGCUUUGAUAGCUCCGCUCGCACUCUGGCUCUGGAUAUUAUCCUAUCCCUCCGGCCAACUCAGGAGCAAUUGGGCUACCUCUUGGAUUACCUGGCCUCCAAUGAUCGCCAGUUUGAGAUCAAAACCUACGUGCUGCAGAAGCUAAGAAUGCUGGCUGAGAAAUGCCCGCGAUUUAGGGCUUUGUUCGAAUCGGAGCUUGUCAAAAGGACGCACGUAAACAACUACAAUGUGCUGGCACAAAAGGGUCUCACUACCGUUCUCACCCGUCAGCUUUCACAGGCUCCAGCUUUCAACGAAACUCUGCUUAGUACCCAGGAAGUGUAUCAGGGAAUCCUGAAACGUGGCUCCGUGGAAUUUUUGCUCCAUGCCGGGCGUUCCCAAGCCAGCAGCUUUAAAUUGGGCAUCUACACUGCCGGUUUGGGCUCGCUGGUGGGCGAUGGUGACUCCGGCGAAGGAAAUGACGGAAUUCCGGCGGAUGAUGAGUUUAGCGAGGACGAAACGGUUACCGCAGGCAUGGAGAUCAGUGUGCAGGGCGCUCAAUUGCGACCCUUAAUAUUUUUCAGCGGCCAGACCGAGCUAAUGGGCCACGUGUGGGGAGGAAGUGCCUCGGACUCAACGCCCGCUUACCAGGCAACCACUUUGUCCCUGGAUAACGAGCACUACGUAAUCCUGUCCUCCGGGGCGACGCUUCACUGGCGAGUGCUGGGCGCCAGGAGUGUGGAUCUCAAUGGCAAGGUGGGAUUUAGCCUGUGGAAUCGAAAUGCCCAGACGGAAAUCCAGCAAAACACUGGCAGCGCUGUCCUUGGUCAUUUGGCCGUUGGGUUUAGGUAUGCGAAAUUAGUGCAGGAUUUCAGUAUCAUUCAUGAACCAAAGUUGAGUCUGAAUGCGGACUUGGACUUCUACAGUGGCAUUAAAUUGUGCAUGCAACUCCAGCGCCCUGAACAGCUUCUGAAACAAACCAACGCUCGUUCGGUUUUUCUGCAGUUUGUUGAUCAUCCUUAUGCCAAACAUGUGCGCUCUACACACUCGCACAAGACUGCUGGGUGCACUUUUGCACUCAACCAGAAAAACAACGAAAUGUGCAACCUCAUUUUUAGCAACAUCUAGAUUAUACUAAAGAGAUUAUUGGAGAUUUCUUGCAUAAAAACUAUAUUUCUAUGUAAACACUCGGAGAUUAAGACUCGAUAUAGUUGUAAACUCAAACGAACAAAGACAAUUUAAUUUUCAAA